UGAAGUCUGAAUUCUCAACUGAACUUCCCAACGCCCGACUUCUCUGCAACCCCAAAAUCAAAUCUUCCCCUUCCAAAAUCACCAUCAUAAAAAACAUGUCCUCGUCAAUCCUACUCAAGCGCCGCAACCACCUCCCGAAGCUUCUCUCCACCCUCGUCCUGACCCGCCCCAUGGGCGGCGGGCCCCGCACUUUCCCCGGCGGCCUAAACAAGUGGCAAUGGAAGCGCAUGCACGAGAAGCGGGCCAGAGACAAAGAAAGAUCCCUCCUUCGCCAAGAGAUGGAGCUCUACCAGGCCCGCAUCCGCUCCCAAAUCCGCGCCAAUGUCGCCGGAAAACCCGACCCAUUUACCGGUACUGGAACCGGUCCGAUGAGCCCCGAGUCCCACGUGAAGGCCCUAGCCGAUCGGUUCAUGAAGGAAGGGGCUGAGGAUUUGUGGAACGAGCGCGACGGUCCGAUCAAAUCCCCGCCUCCGCCGAAGCCGAACGAGCCGCGGAGAUCGGUCCCUAAAGCUGAAUCUUCGUUUGAUUUGAGGAAUGCGUUUUUGGAAGGGUGUAAUUCGGCUUCGAAUCGGGGGAUUGGAAAUGUGAAUACGAGCAAUUUGAGUGGGAAUCGUGUUAGGGCUAGGCAUUACUCGGUGCAGAGCUGGAGGAAUGGGAGAAAUGAGGGUUCUGCUUUAGCGGCGAACCGCGAAAGCUCAAAGCUUGAGAGGAAUUCGAGUAAUCCUUCGGCAAGUAGGAAAAUUUCGGGCAAGAAGCAGAGGAGAUACUUCAGACAUGGCGAUUCUUCGAGCGAUUUUGACUCCGAAUCCGAUUCCGAGGACAUUAACUCGCCUACGUACGAUGUGAAGAAGAUGGGAAGCAGGGCUUCUUUGGGGAAGUAUGAUGUGAAAAUAAUCAAAAGGAGAAUACCCCUGAAUUCGUUGGAGAAAGAAAUCGAUUUUUCGGAGCAGAUUGAGUCGAUUAGGUUUGAAAUCAAUAGGAAGAAAUUGCUUCAAGGGGAAGAGGAUGAGGAUAAGGAGGAGGAAUCCGUUCUUAGUGAGAAAAGAUUUGAUGAAUUUGAUAUAUCUCCAUUGACGAUCAAGGCACUCAAAUCUGCUGGUUAUGUUCGCAUGACUCGAGUACAGGAGGCCGCCCUUUCUGUUGUUCUAGAUGGAAACGAUGCUUUGGUCAAAGCUAAAGCUGGAACCGGAAAAACUGUGUCUUUUUUGCUUCCUGCUAUUGAAACAGUUCUGAAGGCAAUGAGUGACAACUCCCUUCAGCGGGUGCCUACUAUUUUUGUUCUUAUUCUCUGCCCCACUAGAGAACUUGCAAGUCAGAUAGCAGCAGAAACAAAUGCUUUGCUGAAGUACCAUAAGGGAAUAGGCGUUCAAACAUUGGUUGGAGGUACACGAUUCAAAGAUGACCAGAAACGCCUUGAAUCGAGCCCAAGCCAGAUUGUAGUUGCAACUCCUGGCAGAUUGCUGGACCAUGUUGAGAAUAAAUCUGGGUUGUCAGUGCAAUUGAUGGGCUUGAAAAUGCUCAUACUUGAUGAAGCUGGCCAUUUACUAGACCUGGGAUUCCGGAAGGACAUAGAGAAAAUCGUUGAUUGUUUGCCUCGUCAGAGGCAGUCCUUGCUCUUUACUGCAACAAUUCCUAAAGAGGUUCGCCGAAUAUCACAGCUUGUUUUGAAAAGGGAGCAUGCUUUAAUUGAUACGGUUGGUCUGGGUUGUGUCGAAACGCUUUCUCAGGUUAAGCAAUCUUAUCUUGUUGCACCACACGAAUUGCAUUUUCAAAUGGUGCAUCAUCUUUUAACGAAGCACAUAUCAAAAACACCAGACUAUAAGGUUAUUGUUUUCUGCACGACAGCAAUGGUAACAUCGCUUAUGUAUCUUCUUCUCCGUGAGAUGAAAUUGAACGUCAGGGAGAUGCAUACCAGAAAACCUCAACUCUCUCGAACUCGAAUCUCUGAGGAAUUCAAGGAAUCAAAGAGACUGAUUCUUGUUACAUCCGAUGUUUCAUCUCGUGGAAUGAACUAUCCUGAUGUUACCUUAGUCAUUCAGGUGGGUAUUCCUUUGUCCCGGAAUCAGUAUAUACAUCGUCUUGGAAGAACAGGAAGGGAAGGAAAAGAAGGUGAAGGCAUGUUGAUACUUGCACCAUGGGAGGAAUAUUUCCUGGGCGAAUUGAAAGAUAUCCCACUUGAAAAUUUUACUUUACCGCAUUUGGAUGCAAAUGCAAAACUUAAGAUGGAAGACUCCAUGGCCAAGGUUGAUGGUAGUGUCAAAGAAUCAGCAUAUCACGCUUGGCUUGGCUAUUAUAACUCGAUAAAGGAAAUUGGCAGGGAUAAAACUACACUCGUCGAGGCGGCCAACAAAUUUUCUGAAUCAAUUGGUCUGCAAAAGCCUCCUGCUCUCUUUAGAAAGACGGCGGUGAAGAUGGGGUUAAGAGAUAUACCUGGCAUAAGAAUACACAAGUAGAACUUAUUGGAACUCGGAUGUAGAACUUAUCUGCAAGUCAGCAGAAACAAGAGAGGCAAGAAGCCUCACUUUCGUUUCAAAUCAGCAUCAGCUUAUUUAUCUUCGAUACAAAAAUAUCCAUCUUCGUCCACUAGGUCUAGUUUGGAUCUUCAUUCUUCUGGCCUCAGAUUCAGCAAUUCUGCGGGUCGUUUCGUUUUUGGUUAUUUGCUUUUUAUUUGUUUUCCUCUCGAGUCAUUCAUCAUAUUAGGUUGCCUCAUGCAAGCUUAUGAUAUUCUCGGGUAGGUGCCCUGGACGAAGGAAUUGUAUGUAGAAGCCCCCUGUAAGAUUGGCUUAUGAAGGUUGACCAGAUAAUGCCAUGUUGUACAGUCCAUCAAUUGUAACCUUUUUAGUUAAAUUUAAAUGUUUUCUUAAUUUUAUUUUCUUGCA